AUGGCCAAAAACUCAUCAUCUACAGGGGGAGCUCUCCCAACGCUUCUGGAUGAAAGUGUCAGUCGGCCGAACGGCCAUGACAACGACAAUGACGAUCAGUGGUCCAAUGCGUGUUCAGAUCUGGAUAUUGAUGAGGUCGCCUACACGAUUGAUGAUCACCCAGUCGACCGAACAGCCAACCAUGCACGCGAAGACAGCGACGCCAUACAGGGGCAAUUGGUGAGUCAUUGCUAUCUCUCGGAGACCGCAACGGAAGGACCAAAUGUGGUUGAAGUCGAGAUAGACUUGGACUGCAGUGGGAGCAGCGGCGUCCAACCAGAAGAGUUGGGGGUGACUCAAGAGCCUGGAGAGGCUGAUACAUCUCCCAAGACGUGCUCCAACUGA